CCGGCCCUGAGCGGCGUUGCCGUGGAGACGGAGCGAGCGGUGUGGAUGCUGCGCCGCCGGGACGGGGCGACUCUGCUGUCUGUGUGCCCUCGCGGCUCCCAGAACCCACGCCAAGAUGAUGCUCUCCAGGGCCAAGCCCGCCGUGGGCGGAGACCCCGCGCAGGGCGACAAGCGGAAGAAGAAAGGGGGCAAGAUCCCCAAGCUGGAGGAGCUGCUGUCGCAGAGGGACUUCACGGGCGCGAUCACCCUGCUGGAGUUCAAGCGUCAUGUGGGGGAACAAGAAGAGGAUACCAAUUUGUGGAUUGGAUACUGUGCCUUUCACCUCGGUGACUACAAGAGAGCUUUAGAGGAAUACGAAAACGCUGCCAAAGAUGAAAAUUGCAACCCCGAUGUCUGGGUGAACCUGGCCUGCACCUACUUUUUCCUGGGAAUGUAUAAGCAAGCAGAAGUAGCUGGAUUUAAAGCUCCCAAGAGCCGGCUUCAGAACCGCCUUCUCUUCCACUUGGCUCACAAGUUUAAUGAUGAGAAGAAACUAAUGAAUUUUCACCAGAAUCUUCAGGAUAUCACAGAAGAUCAACUCAGUUUGGCUUCGAUCCACUAUAUGCGAUCUCACUACCAGGAAGCUAUUGAUAUUUAUAAGCGGAUCCUGCUAGAUAACAGGGAAUACCUCGCACUCAACGUCUACGUGGCUCUGUGUUACUACAAACUGGACUACUACGAUGUGUCCCAGGAGGUUCUGGCUGUCUACCUGCAGCAGAUCCCCGACAGCACCAUCGCGCUCAACCUGAAGGCCUGCAACCAUUUCCGCCUUUACAACGGCAAAGAAGCUGAGGCAGAACUCAAGAGUUUGCUGGACAAUUCCUCCUCUUCCUUUGAGUUUGCCAAAGAGCUCAUCAAGCACAACCUGGUGGUUUUCCGAGGCGGUAAAGGCGCUUUGCAGGUUUUGCCACCCCUGGUUGAUGUCAUUCCUGAAGCUCGGCUCAACUUGGUCAUUUACUACCUUCGGCAAGAUGAUGUACAGGAAGCGUAUAACCUAAUCAAGGAUCUGGAACCUACUACUCCCCAGGAGUACAUCCUCAAAGGAGUGGUCAAUGCAGCCCUUGGCCAGGAGAUGGGUUCGAGGGACCAUAUGAAAAUCGCACAGCAGUUCUUCCAGCUGGUGGGCGGCUCAGCCAGCGAAUGCGACACCAUUCCAGGGAGGCAGUGCAUGGCUUCGUGUUUCUUCCUGCUGAAGCAAUUUGAUGAUGUGUUGAUCUACCUCAACUCUUUUAAGAGUUACUUCUGCAACGACGACAUCUUUAACUUCAACUACGCCCAAGCCAAGGCCGCCACGGGCAACACCAAGGAGGGGGAGGAAGUUUUCCUCUUAAUCCAGAGCGAGAAGAUGAAAAAUGAUUACGUUUACCUCAGUUGGCUAGCUCGGUGCUACAUCAUGAAUAAGAAACCAAGACUGGCCUGGGAGCUUUAUCUCCAGCUGGAAGCCUCGGGGGAGUCCUUUAGCCUCUUACAGCUCAUUGCCAAUGACUGCUACAAGAUGGGCCAGUUUUACUACGCGGCCAAGGCCUUUGACGUCCUGGAGAGGCUGGACCCCAACCCUGAGUACUGGGAAGGCAAGCGGGGAGCCUGCGUGGGCAUCUUCCAGAUGAUCUUGGCCGGGAGAGAGCCCAAAGAGACCCUGCGCGAGGUCCUGCAUCUGCUGAGGAGCACGGGCCACACCCAGGUGGAGUACAUCAUCCGCAUCAUGAAGAAGUGGGCCAAAGAGAACCGCGUGCCCGUCUAGGGAGGCCCGGCCCGCCGGGCUCUCCCCGAGACCAGUGCGACUCAGGGCUCCGACUUCUUGUCCUUCCGCUUCCCUGUUCUUCAAGCCUCGAGAUCAGUGACUGUUGCCGAGACUCAGGGCCGUGGUCUGUGCGUGGUCCGGGUGGGAUCCAAGCAGCAGCAAGGCCUCGGCCCCGCCUGGUGCUGUCUCCCAGAGACACCCUCGAGAGCUCCCAGCCCGCCCGCCGACUCUGAGACUCUGAGAGGCGCGUGCUUCUCUCCCGCCUCGGCGUCCAGAGGGUCGUCGUCUCGUCGCUCUAGCCAUCGCCUCCUGUGCUCAAGAGUCACCGUCAUCCCCUCCCCUCACUGUUGGCCGCCCCAGGAGAGGCCACGGAGAGGCGUGUGACGCGCCUGCGAGCCUCAGAGGGCAGAGGGGACAGACACUUUUUGAUGGGGGGACGGGAGCAUCCUGUCAUCAAACGGAGGAGGCCACGGGCUUCCAGGGCUGCUCUUGCAGUGGCUGGAUUCCUGACGCGACGGGCCCGGGCAGUGGCACGAGCACUGCGGCUGGAGCAGUCUGGGGGGCACUUCGUGGUCUCAGGAAGCAAGAGAUAAAUCUCCUUAGUCCUCUCUCCGGGAUAUUUGAGUCAAAGUAGGCAUCGGUCCUGACAGGGAGUGACAAAGAAGACACGGGGCCCACGGCCCUGUGCUGUGGUCAGGACCGCGCGGCCUGGCCCGAGGGGCCUCCUGUGUUCCUGAGCUCUGGCAACACACAGCUGAGCACACAGCAGAUUUUCCGAACAGAGACCCACCCACGUGCCACGGCACCCUGUCCUCCAGGGCGACUCCCUGGAGUAGCUGGAGGGGCCGGCCUGCCUGUGCAGAGAGCACAGGGUGGCUGAGAACUGGCAGCCGGGAUUCCUUGAAGCUCUGCAGAGCUCCGAGUAACCCCGAGUCAGCCGCCUCACCCGCACCCCAGCUUCCUGCUGCGCGGAAAAGACCGGGUAGAAGGGCCUCGCCGGCGGGCACUCAGCGCCGGGAGAGUGGGCACGGCCUCCUCGGCCUCCUGGUCUCCAGCCGCCGGGGAGGAAGGCCGCGGUUUCUGUCUCUUGGCUGGGACCACGCCGGUCAACUCAAAGAUGUGGGAAAUAAUCAGGUUUUAGAGAACAACAUUUUUUAUUAUGCCAAAGCUUCCGUUUCCUUUCCCAGUCGGCUCUCGGCAUCUACUCUUCGGUGGACCACGUCUGCUGUGAAUGAUCUUUCGGUGACUCCUUACCUCACUUAAAUUCCCAAAAAUAUACAGUUGGGAAGAGACACGUCAGGCUCCUCUGUGACUCUUGGCAGUGAAAUUUCUCUGCCAGUUCCUUGCUGUUCUUUUUGAACUUCAUAACCUGCAAAGGCCUUUUUUCCAUGGAUGGUGACUUCACUGUCUUUGAAUUUGACACUAGCGUCUUCCUACUGUUUUCCUGUCUGUAGGAAGAAAUAAGAUAUUCCAAAAGUAGCAAUCCCCAGAAUGUUAGAGUGGUAAAAUAUAUAUUAUAUAUACAUAUAUAUGUAUAUAGUUCAGAAUUGAGCCACAAAGCUUAACAAACCCGUUUCGGAGAAACGCCAGCCCAUUCUGUUCGAGAGAACUGCUUCCCACACCAGCCAGCCCUGCCCAGCCCGAAACACUCCGGAGUGGACACCUGGCUGUCUGGGCACUGGCAAGUCUGGCAACGGGGAAAAGACUUUACACUUAUUUUUGUAUUUGAGAAAGAAAGGUUGUGCUGCAUUGUGAUAUAUUGGCAUUUAAAGUUCCUUGUUCUGACA